GUAACCCAGACUGAGAUAUGACCGAGCGUUUGUUAUCACUCUGUGCUUUUUCGUGACACUGCAGUUAUGGAGAGCGCGGACGAAAACAGUUUAGUAGAGCGAGUUUUUCUUCGUAUUGGAUCGGCUGAGACUGAUGAACAGCUGGAGACUUCUCUUGCACGUUUCUUACCAGCUGUACUUCUCAAGCUAGACAGCAAAGAGGAGGGAGUCAGGAAGAAGGUAAUGGAAUUGCUAGUGCACAUCAACAAGAGAUUGAAGAGUAGAACAAAGGUGCAGCUGCCUGUUGAUGACCUGAUUCAGACAUUCACAUCCCAGAAUGCAACAUCCAUUUUAAUGAAUUUUGCCGUGAUCUACAUCAAAAUGGGAUUUCCAAGAUUAGAUCCACAAGAGCAGGCUGCUAGGGUACCAGCCCUGAUGGCAUGUCUAGAGGGGCGCUCACAGAGUCAGCAGGAUAGCUUCCUGCAGCUUCUGAUCCCAGCUUUUGCUCAGUUGAAGUUCCCAGUGAAUAUGGAAGAGCGAAGACAGAAGUUUCAGUGUCUCUCCAACCCCUCUGUUGCCAGAUUGCUUCUGGAUUAUAUUCUUGACCUGUUGAUAGUGCCCUAUGGUUCUCACGUUAAGGUACAGGAGUUACAGCAGGCACAGACUUCCCGCCGCCCAACUUCAGCCACGCCCGGGGCUGACUCCACCCCACCCCCUGCAGCACCACCAGGGCUCUCCCAGGCAGCAUUCAAACGUGUGAUGGGAGAAGCCCAGUACCCUCCCGAGCAGUUAGAGAAGGUGAAGAUGUCCAUCAUACACUUCCUGGGGGCAGAAUUGUUCCCUGUCAGGGACGUGUUCUGUCAUCUUGUCAUUGGGGCUGCUGACACCAGACAUAGCGUAGCUACAGCUGCAGACAUGGAAUUGAAAAAACAAAUUGGAUCCAUGGAUCUCAAUGACACUCCAGUGUUGAACAAGCUGUACUCACUGGUUCUUGGAACAUUGGAAAUGAAGGGGCAGGUUGGUGUGAAACCUGAGUUGAAGUGCAUGCCUGCCUGCACACGGAUCAGGAUGAAGAUUCUACCCCACCUGUUGAAGGCACGCCAGUCAGCUAACAUCUUCCCUAGCAAUAUACAGCUUAUCUUUGAUCUACUCUAUGGUAUAAACACAAAUACCAAGCUAAAGGCUUACGGGAUACAGAUGAUACACCACAUGUGUCUCAAUUGCACUGACCAGAAGUUUGCCACAUUUAGUCCUGUUUUACAAACAAAACUCAUAAACCUUGUGAGGGAAUCCGAAGAGGACCCAAAAGUGAUCCGGCUGGCGUAUGUUGCCCUUGGAAAGCUGGUUCACAAGUUUCCACAGCUCGUAUCUACAAACAUUGCUCUUGUUCAAGUCUUCUUUAGUGUCAUAUCACAGGUGGACAGUGAAACCCGGCUUGCUGUACAGGAGGCGCUGGCCUUGAUGGCAGACGCGUUCCGUGACCUCAGUGACCUCAACCGGGCCAUGAUGGAGGCACUCCUCACAGAGGCCAUAGACAAAGAUGAUCCACAGUCCCGCAUGAUGGCUGUGCAGUACUGUGAGAAGAUCUUCCCUAGAGACCAUGUUCCUGCCAGCUACAUCCUACUGCUGGCUGCAGGGGACCAGAAAGAGGAUAUCCGUAUUGAGGCUCGUAAGGCGCUCAAUAUCACAGGGGGUAUGGACAAACUGACCUCCAACAAGUCUCCUGUUGCCUUAGAUACCAUUAUAUUGCCAGCGUUCCCUCGCAUGGUUCUGUACAUCAAGGAGAAGGCAGAUCUACGCGUGACCUCCCAGAAGCGUUAUGAAGGGUCUGGUCACACCCUGCCUUUCAACCCGGCCACAUUCUCAGAGAUAUUGGUGUUCCUGCGUGCCUGCCUGGCCAGAAGUGCGGGCCUCCCCCCAGACGUUGAUGGUGUGGCUGACAUGAAGGAACAGGCUCCUGUCAUCUCCAAAUACGUCUCUGCACUACUUAAGGAGGACAGUUCAGAGCGGAGUCCUGUACAGACGUAUGUGACACUUGCAGUGAUGCUGGUAAAGGCAGCAGUUGGUGAAUUGCCCAUGUACUGCCUCCUUGAAAUGGUUGCCAUGGCUGCAGAGCUGCUGGUCCCACAAUUUAUCAAACAUCUUGAUUGGCUCAAGACCCUGGUGUUCUCUAAAAAUGAUGGUAUCCGUGACCAUGCAGCCAACCUGUACGCCAUAGUGGUGUGUAGCCGUGGGGAUGAGGGCUGCACUCUAGAUGCUCUUGAGACCAUGCAGAAGUCACUGUCAAAUAAGGUUCUGGAGACCCAGCAUGGUGCCAUGCUGACCCUUGGCUACAUGGUUGGGCAGUUACUGAGGAGGACUAGACAGGGAGACGGAAGCAGGGCCGUAAGCCCCAAGAUACUCACCAUCAUGGAGAAGGCUGUUAGGGACAUUGCUUGUAUGAUCAAAGGAGCUGAUGAGUCUAGCCCCCUGCUAGUGUCAGGGGCGUGUCAGUCCCUGGGGGAAAUAGGUCGUAAUGCCCCCCUGACUCUUCCCCUUGGGGGAGGGGACGCCUCAACAGAGGAGAUCACCAAACUGUCUGUCAUCAACAAUCUUCUGGCCAUCGUCAAGUCUGGAAAGGAGAAUGUUAAGAGCAAGGAGCGUGCAGCCCUCUGUCUAGGACAGCUGUGUGUUGGAGACCCAGGGUUGCCUUACAGAAGGAUGGUCAUAGAGGGCCUCAUGAAGUCUGUCACAACACGUCAGGUGGACCUGCAGAUUGGCCUUGGAGAGGCGUUGGUGUUUGCUGCACAAGGACCAAGUGCUCCAAUCGGAAGAGACAUGUGGACGCAGACCGAGGCAGAAUGGAAGGAGAGGGCCGAUUCUGACAGUGACGAGGUGGAGUGGUAUGUGACAGAGCUGCUGGCGAAGUAUGUGGUGAGCACGAAUCCCCACGUGCGUCAGGCUUCCAGCGUGUGGCUGCUGGCCUUGGUGAAGGGUUGCAGCGCUCACCCGGCCCUGCAGGGCAGGCUACUCGUGCUGCAGAGCGCCUUCAUGCAACUUCUCUCUGAGAAUGAUGAGUUGACUCAGGACAUUUCCUCGAAGGGUCUGGGUCUGGUGUACGAUGUGUGCUCCAAGGAACAGAAGGAGGCGCUGGUGGGCGAGCUGGUGGACACCUUGACGACGGGGAAACGCAAGGUGCAGAAGGUGUCAGCUGACACACAGGUGUUCGAGGAGGACAGCAUUGGGAAAACACCGGACGGCGGAAACCUUUCCACAUACAAAGAGUUAUGCUCCAUUGCAAAUGACCUAAACCAACCAGAUCUCAUCUACAAGUUCAUGCAUCUGGCAAACCAUCAUGCACUGUGGAAUUCCAAAAAGGGGGCAGCCUUUGGGUUCAGCACAAUAGCGGCCCAGGCUGGGGAGCAGCUGGCCCCGUACCUGCCCCAGAUUGUUCCCCGCCUGUACCGCUACCAGUUUGACCCCAACAUCAAGAUCCAGAGGGCCAUGACAUCCAUCUGGAACUCUCUAGUGAAGGAUAAUAAGAGCACGGUGGACACCUAUCUGAAAGAGAUACUGGAAGACUUACUUUGCAACCUCACCAAUGCUCAGUGGCGUAUCAGGGAAUCAAGUUGUUUGGCUGUACAUGACCUUCUGCGGGGUCGAGCCCUUGAUGACGUGGUAGAGGCACUACCACAGCUCUGGGAGUCGUGUCUGAGAGUGCUGGACGAUAUCAAGGAAAGUGUACGCAAGGCAGCUGAGAUGGCCUGUACUACACUGAGUAAGGCGUCCAUCAAGAUCUGUGAUGUUACUUACGGGAAGGUAGGAGAGAGAGCCACGUCCCUUGUGUUGCCAUGCCUAUUGAAGACUGCCCUGCCCAGUCCCGUGACAGAGGUCAGAGCACUCGGGUUGUCAACCCUGCUGAAGAUCAGCAAGACGGCGGGUGUGAUGUUGAAGCCUCACAUAGCGGUGCUGGUGACGGCUCUCCUGGAGGCAGUCAGUGGACUGGAGCCCCAGGUCAUGAACUAUCUCAGCGUGCGGGUAUCACAGGAGACACAAAACAGGUUGGACAAUGCUAGGAUUGUAGCCUCCAAGAUGUCACCCAUGAUGGAAACAGUCAAUCUAUGUGUGCAAUAUGUAGACGACUCAGUGCUACCAGAGCUGGUACCGAGACUGACGGAGCUUAUCAGGAGUGGUAUUGGUCUAGGAACAAAGGCCGCAUGUUCCCACUUUGUUAUAUCACUUGUACAUCAGUGUCCACAAGACCUUGCUGCUUAUACUGGUAAACUGAUGUCUGCAUUCCUACACGGUGUCGCAGAUCGAAACAUGGCCAUCAGGAAGGCAUAUGCUCAAGCCAUGGGAAAUCUUGUCAAGAUUGCUAAGGACACAAGUGUGGAGAAGCUGAUUUCUAGAAUGAGGUCAUGGUACCUGGAGAAAGAAGAGGAGAGUGCCCGUGAAGCCUGCAGUCUUACCCUCCAUGCCAUCAGCCAGUACAGCCCUGAUGUCUUGAGACGUCACGCAGCCAUCACCAUGCCUCUAACUUUCCUCGCCAUGCAUGAAAAAGUAGCACAAGGAGUUGAUAGGAAGACUGAUGAGGGGGAGUCUCUGUGGGAGGAGCUAUGGAUGGAGGUCACACCAGGUAUGGAGGGAGGUAUCAAGCUGUACCAGACAGAGAUCGUGACCCUGCUUUGUGAGACCUUGCAGUCCCAGUCGUGGACCAUGAAGGCCCAGGCCUCACGGGCUCUGUCCACAGUGGCCGAGAAACUAGGCCCUGGCCUGGGAGCGCUUCAUCUGCAGACAGUCAUUCAGGCCCUGUUGGCUGCUUUGCAGGGUAGGACGUGGGCCGGCAAGGAGGAAAUACUUCAUGCACUGAAGAAUAUGUGCAAACAUUGCAGUGCCAACAUUUUAGAAAACAAAGAAGGUUUAGUUGAACAGGUGUUGGAGUCAGUGUUCCGUGAGAGUCGCAAGGAGGCUGUUGGCUACAAGCUGGAGGCUGUAUCGUGUCUGGCACAGAUCCUGGAAGACCUGCAGACUGACCGGCUACAGGACUUGUAUGCAGUACUGGCACCUGUACUAGAAAUGAGCUCAUUGCCCGGUGAGAAUAGAGAAGAGGAACUGAGCAGUGAUGUGAAGCAGCAGCAGUAUGUUGUCUACUACACAGCCCUGGGUCAGGCCUGGCCUGCCGGUGCAACAGCUACACAUGAGUCCUAUCUGGAAAAAAUUACAUGUUUGAUGUGCGACAGGCUGCACGGAAAUUCAUGGAAAAUACAGGAGGCCAUCUUGAAGUCUCUCAAUAAAAUUAUCAGCCGGACAGCAUGUCUCAGCGAUAGUCAGUCCGUCCACAACACUGCCACCAUCGUUCAGAUAUUUGAGAAAAUUGUUGUAGCAGUUUUACCAUGCUUUGGCAACCUUAAAUACACUGUGAUCAGGACAGAAUCCCUUCAGUUGGUGCAGAAGAUAUUGACAAAACUUGCAGAUCUCCAGUUGGUAACAAGCCUGUCUGAGGAGACCAGAAAUAAGCUGCGGACCGAUCUGGUCACCAUGACUACUGACUCCAGUGUGGAGCUGCAGAACCUCUCUCAAGAACUGUCGGCCAUCUUGGACAAAUCAGUGCAGCAGAGUUAAUACUGUGAUGCUUUCAAUGUCUUGUUGUUUUUCUACUCAGAAAUAUCGUUAUAUAAUAAUUUUAAUAUGUUUUAAAUGCAAGUAAAUACUGUCUAGGUUUACAGGAAGGGACUAAAAAAAGUAAGACGUGGUUGAGAACAGACUUAAAUCGUGUCAUAAGCUAUUAAAACAUAUAAACAUGCUAAUUAAAUUUUUUGCAUGCAAACAUGUCUUCUUGAAAUGUCAGUGUUUUUCAUAACAUGUAUAGAAGUUCUGUCCACUCCAUUGAUAAAUAUAUAUGAGAACAAGUUAAAUUUCUUCUGGAAAUAUAUAUAUUUAAAAUAUUAAUAGAACAUCUUAAUGCAGAAUCCUGACACUGCAAUGUUAAUAGUUGAAAAUUAUAAUGACAUGUGUUUGCCACCUGUACUGUUUUUAUAAUGACCAGUAUUUAAUGUAUUGUGCAGUGAGCUACAUCUUCAGAUUAUUUGGGAAAGGUUCAUUAGUUACAUGUGCAUGACUAUUUAUAGCUUUACCACUUUUCUUACUGUAAAAUUGCAUUUGUAUUUAUUACUGUAAUCUCAUUAUUUAAAAAGGUUUAAUCAUUAAAGAAGCAAACCAAGAUGAAAUUGAGGAAAGCAAUAUUCAAAAUUCAAUAUAUUUACAGAAGAUGGAUAUUGAAGCAGUGAUAAGAUUGAUGGUCUUUCAUCUACUAAAGUGCAUUCAAUGUAGUGAAAGUGUCGACAACUUUUUAGGGGCCAGUGAAACCCCUGCAUUGUAUGGAACCUAAGCAGUCAUAGGUUUAAUUAGAAAAGUAAUAGCCACAAACUCUGACAAAAUGAGGAAUAGUAGAGUGUGCUUUCCUCGGACCACUUUUGUUUUCCUAUGUUGUCAUUGGAAUUAUAAAUGUAAUUCAACCUAUACACCUUUUUGAUUAGUUGAAGUCUUCGUUAUUGAUCAUGUUCUAAAUCUGUAAUAAAACUUUGAAAAAAACAA